UUUAGCCAGACUAUCAAAGUAUUUUUCAACUGGACUGUCACUGCACUUGAACUUGGAAUCUUGUAACCUGAGGAACUGCACUGGAGACAAGAAGACACCUCUAACAAAUGGGAAAUUAUAAAUCUAGACCAACCCAAACUUGCACUGAUGAAUGGAAGAAGAAAGUCAGUGAAUCUUAUGUUAUUAUAAUAGAAAGAUUAGAAGAUGACCUUCAAGUCGAAGAAAAAGAACUUGCAGAACUAAGGCACAUAUUUAGCUCCGAUGAUGCCUUCAGUAAAGUCAACUUAAAUUACCGCACAGAAAAUGGGCUGUCUCUACUUCAUUUAUGCUGCAUUUGUGGAGGCAACAAGUCACAUAUUAGAACCCUUAUGUUAAAAGGGCUUCGUCCAUCUCGACUGACAAGAAAUGGAUUUACAGCCUUGCACUUGGCAGUUUACAAGGACAGUGCAGAAUUGAUCACUUCCCUGCUUCACAGUGGAGCUGACAUACAGCAGGUUGGGUAUGGUGGCCUCACUGCCCUACAUAUUGCUACAAUUGCUGGUCACCUGGAGGUUGCUGAUGUCCUGCUGCAACAUGGAGCAAAUGUCAAUGUUCAAGAUGCAGUUUUUUUCACUCCAUUGCACAUUGCAGCAUACUAUGGACAUGAACAGGUAACCCGCCUUCUUUUGAAAUUUGGCGCUGAUGUAAAUGUAAGUGGUGAAGUUGGAGAUAGGCCCCUCCACCUUGCAUCUGCAAAAGGAUUCUUUAAUAUUGCAAAACUCUUGAUGGAAGAAGGCAGCAAAGCAGAUGUGAAUGCUCAGGACAAUGAAGACCAUGUCCCACUGCAUUUCUGUUCUCGUUUUGGACACCACGACAUAGUGAAGUACCUGCUCCAGAGCGAUAUUGAAGUUCAGCCGCACGUUGUUAAUAUCUAUGGUGAUACCCCUUUGCACCUGGCAUGCUACAAUGGCAAAUUUGAAGUCGCCAAGGAAAUCAUCCAAAUAUCGGGGAUAGAAAGUCUGACUAAAGAAAACAUCUUCAGUGAAACACCUUUUCACAGUGCUUGUACCUAUGGUAAGAGCAUUGACCUGGUUAAAUUUCUUCUUGACCAGAAUGUUAUAAGCAUCAACCACCAAGGAAGAGAUGGGCACACAGGAUUGCACUCUGCUUGCUACCAUGGUCACAUUCGCCUGGUUCAGUUCUUACUGGACAAUGGAGCUGAUAUGAAUCUGGUAGCUUGUGAUCCCAGCAGGUCUAGUGGUGAAAAAGAUGAACAGACCUGUUUGAUGUGGGCUUAUGAAAAAGGACAUGAUCCGAUUGUCACACUCCUGAAGCAUUAUAAGAGACCGCAGGAUGAAUUGCCCUGUAAUGAAUAUUCUCAGCCUGGAGGAGAUGGCUCCUAUGUGUCUCUUCCAUCUCCCUUGGGGAAGAUUAAAAGCAUGACAAAAGAGAAGGCAGAUGUCCUCCUUCUAAGGGCUGGAUUACCCUCACAUUUCCAUCUUCAACUCUCAGAAAUUGAGUUCCAUGAGAUUAUCGGCUCAGGUUCUUUUGGGAAAGUAUAUAAAGGACGGUGCAGAAAUAAAAUAGUGGCUAUAAAACGUUACCGAGCCAACACCUACUGCUCCAAAUCAGACGUGGAUAUGUUUUGCCGAGAGGUGUCCAUUCUCUGCCGGCUCAAUCAUCCAUGUGUAAUUCAGUUUGUGGGUGCUUGCUUGAAUGAUCCCAGCCAGUUCGCCAUUGUCACCCAGUACAUAUCAGGGGGUUCUCUAUUCUCCCUCCUUCAUGAACAGAAGAGGAUUCUUGAUUUGCAGUCUAAAUUAAUUAUUGCAGUAGAUGUUGCCAAAGGUAUGGAGUACCUUCACAACCUGACACAGCCAAUUAUACACCGUGACUUAAACAGUCACAAUAUUCUUCUCUGUGAGGACGGGCAUGCAGUGGUGGCAGAUUUUGGAGAAUCAAGAUUUCUACAGUCUCUGGAUGAAGAAAACAUGACAAAACAACCUGGGAUACCCAGUACCCACAGGCCAAAAUCCAAAUUCAUUGCCUGGAAGCCUCCUGCCCUGCCAAAUCUGGCCCAGGGCCCCUCUGUGACCUCUUCUCCCACAGUAAGUUCUCUCAAGUCCCCCACACCCUAAUACACAAGCCUCCUGCUCAUUCCCCCAAAAAGACCAUUCACAUUCAUAUCCCUGUGUCUCUGCUAGUGUGGCUCUCUCUGCCUGGACAGUCCUUCACUCCACCUCACCUAGAAAGGGCUUGCAAGGCCUAGGAAAUUUUAUCCAUUGUAAGUGCCUUCCCUUCCAUAACAUCCCCCCCACACACACACACACACACACCUGCUGCCUCCUCCCCGUGCAUUUUUCUGUCUGUGCUUUUGUAGCAUUUUGUACUGCUAAUUCGUACCCUUACUCAUUCAGUCAACAAACAUUUAUUGAGGGCCUACCAUGUGUCAGACAUUGUGCAAGGGACCAGGAAUGCAAAAUGUGAAGAAAAUCUUGAUGUCAAGAGCUCAUUUUCUAUGGGGAAAACACAGUAAUAAGCAGAUAGAUUUAAAGCAGUAUGGAAGUCCUGUGAUAAAUAAGGUGUGACAGAGCAUCUUGGGAUGAAUGGGAGUAAAUUAGGUGCAGGGAGAACAGAAAAGAGUGCCAGGUAGAAUGAACAACAGCAUGAGCAAAGACGUAGGGAAGGAUGAGAAAUAUCAGACUUCCUGGGGGAACUUCAAAGAGCUUGUCAUUGUUGGCAUGCUCUGGGUGAGGAAGAGAAAGUGAAAGAUGAGUUAGAGAGGAAGGCAGGAAAUACAUCAUGGACCAUGUUGUAAGUGAGAUUAGGCAUGUCUGGUUUCCCCAGUUAGAUUUCAUUCAUUCAUCCAACAAAUAUUUAUGGACUACUUACUAAAUGCCAGACAUCCUUCUAGGAACUGGGAAUAUUGCAGUGAACAAAUUAAUUUUCUUAUUCCCAUGGAUCUAAUAUUCUACUAGAAGGAGAUAGACACUGAACAAAUCAACAAAAUAUGUAUCAGGUUGUGAUAAGUGUUACAGAGUAAAAACAAAGCAAGUAUGUGAAUGGAGAAUGGGGGUAUCACUUAGAUAGGGUAAGAGGGAAAGAUAACAUUUGAUGAGAGGCCUGACCAGGAGUCAUCCAUGUAAGGGGAAGAGCAAUGUAGGCAGAGGGAACAGUCAGUGCAAAGGCCCUGACACAGGAAAAUUCUUUGUGUGU